CAAUCUACGUCCGUGGGAAUUUCUUCCGGUCUCUGGCACAACUCGACUUUGAUCAUUUAUGCUAACUUGAGAGGCAGGACAUGAGCAGAUGAGGAGCUACUCAUAGUUUGUUUUGAUCAGUCUGCAAUGGAGCAAAGCAAUGUGGAGCCUCUGGUCAGGACUUUCGAAUGCACGGUUUGCAGAGCGAGAUUGACUCCAAGGAAUGGUCCCCUGCCUAGUGGUGUGUACAGUGGGACAUGCGGGGUUUGCCGUGCUCCAUUUAAGUUCUGGUCAGUAGAGAACCCUGUGAAGAAAGUCAGCUUUUCUCUAAAUGGAGUCAAGUACACUGUCAUGAAUCCAGAUGCUCUCAUGAGUCUGAAUGAGUGGAUAAGAAGCCAGCCACAUUUAACAGGAACCAAAGUAAUGUGUAGAGAGGGUGGCUGUGGUUGUUGUACUGUUGUUGUGACCAAAGCUGAUCCAGUGACCAACAAACCAAUGACGAUGCCAGUAAACUCGUGUCUCUGGCCAUUAUGCAAUGCUGAUGGUGUAUCUAUUACGACCACAGAGGGGAUUGGAAACAAAGAUGAUGGUUUCCAUGCUAUCCAGGAACGCUUAGCAGAUCAUAAUGGUAGCCAGUGUGGCUACUGUUCUCCCGGUAUGGUCAUGAAUAUGUAUGGCCUGUUAAAAACGAAUGCUUUUCCAAGCAAGCAGGAGAUUGAAAAUCACUUUGAUGGGAAUAUCUGUCGAUGCACAGGCUACAGACCUAUUUUAGAUGCAAUGAAGACAUUUGCAAAGGAUGCCGACCCUCUUGACAUUGAGGAUGUUUCUAGGCAGUGUUGUACAAGUUGCCCAAGGAAGUCAGGAUUAAACACAGUGAUGGCUAUGGACAAUGAACCUACACCCUGGUAUAGUCCCACAACCCUGAAGGAUCUUUACACACUGGCCGCCAUGAACAAAGACAAGAGAAUAAGAUUUGUCGGUGGAAAUACAGGAUUGGGUAUUUACAAAGACGAUGGUCCCUAUGACAUUUACAUUUGCAUCGAUCAAAUUCCAGAAUUGAAAAUGUGCAAGGUGUCUGCUGACAGCCUUGCGGUUGGUUCGGCAGUCACACUUUCCACGCUCAUCACCACCUUAGAUGAUCACGCCACCAGUUAUCCUGCAUACAAACCGCUAGCUGAACACGCCAAAAAGGUCGCUAAUGUUCCAGUAAGAAAUGUGGCGACGGUUGGAGGUAACCUCAUGUUGACCCACGAUCAUCCGUAUUUUCUAUCCGACCUGAUGACUAUCUUUGAGACGAUUGGUGCUCGGGUUGUUAUCGGGGAUGCUGUCCAUGGCUCUUCAGAUGAGUACACUCUCAUGAGCUUCCUGAACAUGGACAUGAAAUCCAAGAUUCUGGUCGGGUUGAUGAUUCCAUUGCCUACUCCUGCGACGACGUUUGUGCGCACCUACAAAGUGAUGCCCAGAGCACAGAAUGCGCACGCUUAUGUGAAUGCCGGCUUCGCCACCACUCUGGACAAGGCAUCCUUAACUGGCUCGUCCUUCCGUCUUGUUUACGGAGGCAUCGGCCCCUACGCGAUACACGCCACAAAGACGGAAACAUACCUGGAGGGGAAACCGCUCACGCAGUUAGACACUCUGAAAGGGGCCCUAGCAAUAUUAAGCUCUGAGUUGUCUCCCGACCCCUCUCCCGCUAGUUCCAGCCCUGCUUACCGCAAGAGCCUGGGUUUGAGUCUUUUUUACAAAUUUUACCUUGCAAUGCUCGGCGAUAAAGCAUCGGCUCGUUUGCGGUCAGCGGCCGUUCCCUACACGCGGGCAAUCUCAUCCGGGACUCAGAAUUAUGACAGUCACCCUGAGCUCUAUCCGCUGACCAAACCUAUGACGAAACUCUCGGCCAAGCUCCAGGCGUCAGGUGAGGCGCAGUAUACCAAUGAUAUACCAGCCCAGAAUGGCGAGCUGUACGCCGCUUUCGUCCUCGCUUCUCAGGGUAACUGCAAAAUCGCUUCUAUUGAUGCAACAAUUGCGAAGGCAUUGCCGGGAGUCGUCGAGUUUAUGUCAGCAUCGAGCAUUCCACAGCAAGGCGUCAACAAUUUCAUGCCAACUCCUAACGACCCUGAGGAGAUAUUCUGCAGCGGAGAAGUUCUGUUUGCUGGCCAAGCCAUUGGUCUCAUCUUGGCAGACUCCCAGAGACACGCUGACAAGGCAGCCGAAGCCGUCAAGAUCGUGUACAAAGACAUCGCCACGCCUAUCCUGUCAAUCAAAGCCGCCAUCGCGGCUAAGUCAUUCUUCCCAGCCAUCGCUCCAAUGACCGUAGGAGAUGCUGAAGGAGCUAUCAAGACAGCUAGUCAUGUGAUUUCUGGGGAAAUUGCCAUGGACACACAGCACCAUUUUCACAUGGAAACGCAGGUGUGUAGGUGCGUCCCGGAGGAGGAUGGUAUCACGGUUCACUCUGCCACUCAGUGGAUUGAUCUGCUGCAGUCUGCCGUUGCUCAAGCCCUAGGAUUUUCCGUUAACAAAGUUCACGUGGAUGUCAAGCGGUGCGGUGGUGCUUAUGGAGGAAAGGCGUCCCGUUCGCUACACCCGGCCACCGCUGUUGCCCUCGCUGCUCACGUCUUUAAAAGGCCUGUGCGAAUGAUGAUGAAUUUCAACACGAACAUGAAGAUGGUCGGCAAGAGAACUCCAUACCUCGUUAAAUACAAGGUGGGAACAGAUGACUCUGGCACGCUCAAGGGAAUUGAUAUGACCAUGUAUGCUGAUUACGGCUGUUCUGUCAAUGACAGCGACAUGGGAUCAACGUACAACUUCUGUGAUAAUGCUUACUACUGCGCCAACUGGAAAAUCAACGCGAUUCCGUGCCGCACCAACACUGCUAGUAACACAUGGUGCCGGGCGCCAGGGUCUAUCCAGGCGGUUUUUAUCAUGGAGUCUAUAAUGGAACACGUUGCCAAGUCACUUGGCAAGACGCCAGAAGAUGUACGCCAAGUCAACCUCUACCAAAAAAAUCAGACUAUGCCAAGUGGCCAGGCCUUGAAGUACUGUAAUAUUCGCACUUUGUGGCAAGACUUGCAGGAGACUUCAGAAUUUCUUAAACGAAAGGCAGAGGUGGAGAGUUUCAACAAGGCAAACCGUUGGAGAAAAAGAGGACUUUCCCUUGUACCGCUGAGGUGGAGUGCCAUGUGGGGCAAUGGCAGAUAUGGUGCCUUGGUCUCAGUGUUUAAUAACGAUGGAACAGUGCAAAUCACUCACGGGGGAAUCGAGGUCGGACAGGGAAUCAAUACAAAGGUUGUGCAAGUAGCGGCCCACACCCUUGGGAUUCCUGUGGAUUACAUAUCAAUCCAGGCGACCACAAGCUUCACAACCCCAAACAAUAACCCCACCGGUGGUAGUAUUGCUUCAGAGAUGGCCUGUAAGGCCGUACUGCAGUGCUGCGAAGCCCUGAACAACCGCCUUACGCCCAUCCGACAGAAGUAUAAACCGAAAAACUGGCAAGAGCUCAUCAGCAAAAGCUACAGCGACGGUGUGGAUUUGUCAGCCAAAAGCAUGUUUUUUGACCCGGAGAUGUACCCAAUUCAAUACAGCUCGUACGGUGCCACGUGCACUGAAGCUGAACUCGACGUCCUGACGGGGGAGAGUCAAAUACUUCGAACAGACAUCCUCUACGACUGCGGCCAGAGCAUGAAUCCAGAGCUAGAUGUCGGUCAAGUAGAAGGUGCUUUCAUCAUGGGACUGGGACUUUGGCUGAUGGAGAAAGUCAAAUACAAUCCUCAAACUGGACAAGAGCUCACAUCAUCCACUUGGGAAUAUAAGCCACCAAGCUCCAAGGACAUCCCUAUCGAUUUGAGGGUCACUCUACUGAAGAAAGCCACAAACCCACUAGGGAUCCUUGGAUCGAAAGUUGUGGGUGAGCCUCCGAUGUGCAUGGCCGCCUCUUGUCUGUUCGCCGUAAAGCACGCCAUCCAAAGCGCGCGAGAAGAGAUUGGCAAAGACAGUGAAUAUUUUCCAUUGGAUGGUCCUGCUACCGUGGACGCUGUCCAACAAGCGUGUCUUGUAGAUCCUGCUCAGUUUUCUCUUUAAUAUGAACCAGGCACAGGAGAGAAGACUCAAAAAAGAGAUCGCAAAUGCAUUAUAUUAUACCCAGAGACAAAUGGAGCCUAUUUACUUAGAGGAUUUUAGACGACCAAACGACACACCAUGUAUUUACUCAAAGCAAAGUGAGUCGAUUUACUCUUACUGGACUACAUGACCAAAAUAAGUCUCAUAAAUACAAAAUUCUUUCAAACCAUACUAUAGAGUAGAGACAAAGUAGAAAUAUAAGUAAAAGCGCAACAACAACAUCACCAACCAAAGGCACAAACACACAGCAUCAAUAAUAACAGCACACCCACGAAAACCACAGCAACAAAGUAGCGACAGUAUCAACAACAGUACCCCCAACAAAACCAUAGCAACCAGGUAGCGGCAUCAAUAACAACUAUUGCAUCUACAACGACUUCGUCUUGUGUUAAGAACCAUACUAUAGAGUAGAGACAAGGUAGAAAUAUAAGUAAAAGCACAUGUAGGUAAAAAUUUUCAAAUGAAAUAAACUGAAUAUUUUAAGA